AUGGACCAACCACCUCCUUCGUCGCAGAAAAGAACGCUUCUUGAAGACAACAUACCUGAUAUAUCCACAGGCGGUGCACCAGAUCACCAGUCCAAGCGGAUCAGAAUUACCCUCCCACCGCCCGUAUCGCUGAUAUCGCCCACCCAACAGGGUAAUGCUACGUUGAAUUCUUUAUAUUCAUUACCACUUCCGACACCUGCUCCACCCCAACAAUUGCCAGCCCCCGUAGUAUUGCCUCCGUUGAGUGCAACAGUUUCAACAAUGUUAACAUCCCCGAUAUCCAGCCAGAAAUUAGCGCAUCAGACAAGAGAACUUCCGCCGAUAGAAUCACUUGCACCACCUCCUUUGGUCAAAUCAAUACUAACAUCCCCCGAUUUGCAACCAUUCAAAACGAUGUCAUCACCGUCCGUGUCCCAACUUCCACCUUCCUUUCCACUACAACAACCACUCUCUCAGUCAGAGUCAUUCGGAUCAUUCUCACCUCCUCCCACGUUAAAUUUGCCCAACGGACAUAGAGAACCACAGGUAAUUGUUGAGAACGAUGAGUCUUUGAACAUGGAUGGGAUUCAAGAGAGAAGAUUAGGUUACGUAAUAUACAGUCCCAAGGAAAUUCUCCCACCUCUGGAAUUCAAAGAAAAUGGUCUUCUCGAAGUUUGGAUUCCAUCAAUGCAUCUAACGUGGGACAACCAAAAAGUACGGAAGCGAGAACUUUGGGGAACUGAUAUUUAUACUGAUGAUUCAGAUGUGGUUGCUGGCAAAUACGUUCCAAAGACGUCAAAUUACCCAGAUUCGUUCGACUACCCAGACCACGAUCUAUGCGUCACUGUACGAGUGAUGCCCAAAUUAAUGCGCUAUCACGGUAGUAUGCGACAUAAAAUGCUAAGCAGAUCGUGGGGAAAUCAUCAUGGGGGAAGUUACAAAAUCGAGAAUAUACAGGAAAUGAAGAAAGGAGAAUCAUUGGGGCGAUCUCGUUGGCACGGUCGAAAAGAAAGGUUACGAAAAUACCUGCAGAUGCGUAAGAAAGUUCUCGGCGACCAGUCAGAAAAAGUUUUUGCAUUUAAUAGCGAGAGCGAUCCUUGUCUUAAAUAUAACAAAGAUUUGAUGUCGGACCCGGAUGAAUUAAAAGAACGAUUAAAAGAUGAAGUCGCGAUUCUUGAGAAUGACUACGAACGCUACGAACUUUCUUACGACUCGCAAACUUUAAAGUACCGCUUCGCCGUCAUAUCAUCACACGUUCAUCUCAGUUCAUCAGGCUGCUAUCGGUCCAACAGCAACGGCAUUUCUAAUUCGGAUAUUCCGUCGCUGCCAUUGGACAGCUCGAGCGUAGACGAAACGAUAUCGGAUAACUUGGAGAUACGCGAUUUAGAUUGGAAUCCGGUUGGGUUGGUUAUUAGAAUUCCGUCUGGAGAGGGACAGUGUUGUAUUGGAGAAAGAGGACGAGAUGAAAAGCCACAAGCGAUGUGA